AUGGACUAUAAUAGGAUGAACUCCUUCUUAGAGUACCCACUCUGUACCCGUGGACCUGGCGCCUACAGCGCCCACAGCGCCCCUACUUCCUUCCCCCCCAGCUCGGCCUCGGCUGUUGACAGCUACGCAGGGGACACCCGCUAUGGCGGGGGGCUGCCCAGCCCUGCGCUCCAGCAGAACUCAGGCUACCCCGCCCAGCAGUCGCCUUCGGCCUUGGGGGUGCCCUUCCCGAGCUCGGCGCCUUCGGGGUAUGUACCCCCCGCCGCCUGCAGCCCCGGCUAUGGGCCUUCUCAGUACUACCCUCUGGGCCAACCGGAAGGAGAUGGCAGCUACUUUCAUCCUUCCAGCUAUGGGGCGCAACUCGGGGCCUUGUCCGACGGCUACGGAACCGGCGGGGUGGGCCCGGCUCCUUACCCUCCGCCACAGCCCCCUUACGCCAGCGAGCAGACCGCCAGCUUUGCACCGGCCUAUGCCGAUCUCUCGGAGGACAAGGAAUCGCCUUGCCCGACAGAACCCCGCACCCCCACCGCCCGGACCUUCGAUUGGAUGAAGGUGAAGAGGAACCCACCCAAGACAGCGAAGGUGUCGGAGCUGGGCCUGGGCGCGCCUGGCGGGCCCCGCACCAACUUCACCACGCGGCAGCUGACCGAGCUGGAGAAGGAGUUCCACUUCAACAAGUACCUGAGCCGCGCCCGCAGGGUGGAGAUCGCCGCCACCCUGGAGCUCAACGAGACGCAGGUCAAGAUCUGGUUCCAGAACCGGCGCAUGAAGCAGAAGAAGCGCGAGCGGGAGGGAGCCCGGCUGCCCCCUGCCCCUCCAGGCGCUCCCAAGGAGGCGGCUGGAGACGCCUCCGACCAGUCCACGUGCACCUCCCCCGAAGCAUCGCCCAGCUCCGUCACCUCCUGA